AUGUCCAAAGCGAAGUUCGCCUCUGUCGCUACCCUCGGCGCUGCCGUGGGAGCAGCAUCGAGCUUGCUGUAUACCAAAUCGCAGGAGCCGGAACCUACUACCCAAAACCCAAUUACAGUUUCCACCCCUAUUAUCGAAACCAAAAGCCUUUCAUUCCCAAGCCCACUAUCAAUUUUUAAAACUCAGGAGCUUCCGACUGGCCCCGCCAAUCCCGCAGGAAUUUUGAAGUACGGCUUCCCCGGUCCGGUUUCCGAUGAAUUGAAAACACUCGCUGUUUAUGGUGGUUACGAUCGUCGAACGCGCAACCCGUCCUGGGUCGCCGAGCAUAUGACCACCGAAUCCGUGGCGACAAACCUAGCAUCCCGCAAGAACAACUUCCGCGAGGACACAGAUAUCCCAGCAUUCUUUCGCGCCAAGGUCUCUGAUUAUGUCGGUUCCAAGUAUGAUCGCGGGCACCAGGUUGCUGCUGCCAACGCAAAUUGGUCACAGCAAUCUAUGGACGAUACGUUCAAGAUGAGCAAUAUGUGUCCGCAGAUUGGAGUCGGUUUUAACCAGCACUACUGGGCUCGGUUCGAGAAAUUCACUCGCAAUUUGACAACCAGAUACCCAUCUGUUCGUGUCAUCACUGGCCCAUUAUACCUGCCGUACCGGGAUAGCGAGAAUAAAUGGCGGGUUAGUUAUGAGGUGAUCGGAGACCCGCCGAAUGUUGCGGUGCCAACUCAUUUCUACAAAGUCGUGUUCGGGGAGGAGGAGGACAACGGGAGUGAGCUAGGUGGCCCGGUCGCCAUCGCAGCAUUUGUGUUACCAAAUGCCCAGAUCGACAAGAAUAAGGACCUGAGUGACUUUGAGGUCGAGCUGGCAGCAGUUGAACGAGGAAGUGGACUUGAAUUCGCUCGGAAGCUAGAUCCGAAGCAACGAAAGAAACUAUGCGAGGAAGUCAAAUGCGAUCUCCGUAUUCAGGACUUUGCGUGCAAAAGUAAACUAUGA